AUGGAGGUUUUCUUCGAGCGCAAUAACGUCAUUCUAUUCUCCAUGGAAUUAGAUCCCUCGGAUACAGUUAUUGAGAUGAAACAAAAGAUCGAAAAGUCCACAGGCAUCGCUGUUCGCGACCAAACCAUUUUCUUCAAAGGCAAGCUUUUACAUACAGAUCGAGACUCUAACACUCUCAAGCAAUGCAAGAUCGUCAAAAAAUCUCGUGUCGAGUUAUACUUCCCCCGUUCACGUUACAACAUCAUUCUAAUGCUUCGGCGAAUGCGGCAAUCUCAAGCUCCGUCUCCGUCAACGUCGGUAAAAGAGGUCGUUAACAUUGAAGGUUCGCCUGAAAAGAAUCAAGAUUCGAACGUGAUGGACAAGAGCAACGACGAUCAAGUGCUUCAUGAAGAAGAUCAUGAGACAAGAAUGAAAGAUCGUUCUCACAGAGUUUGUUGCUAG